AUGACGUUCAAAUUUAACCAAACCGGGGUUUUUCCGGUUAAAGGCAAAACCUCUCUGCUUUUUCAGUUUGCUCUCAAUCUCGCGAGCGCUUCUACAGACUCUCGCGUCGUCUUCAUCUGUCACCGGAAAAAACUCGAAUCCAAUCCUCCGUUUCUCUCUCAGGGAAUCGAUCCUUCCUCCGAUGUAUUCAAUCGGAUUCAGAUGAAAUAUGUGGAUGAUGAUGAAGGAAUCAGGAAGUACUUUGCUGCGUUUCAUCUUCAUCAUGUUGAUGAUUCACCAGUUGCUGUUAUAAUUGAUGAUUUUGGUGAUUACUUUGCACAAUUGAACUCAGUAACGAGUUCUCGGGCUAGAGACAUGGCGAUGGUUCGGACUCUUGCUCUAUGCCACAAUGCUAUAGUUGAUGCUAAGAAAGCCUUUUGUGAGCUUGUCUUAUCCGAGACUAACCAUGGAGAUUCCCCGAGGUCGUUGUUCAUCUACAAACGAUGGAUCGCGAAGAUCUUUUCGAUAAAAGCUCAUGGUGAUGGAUCGUUUGUCUUGACAAGUAAUGAAAGAAAAGUGACUCUAGCUAGCUUUGCGACUCUCAUAGAAAGAAAAGUGAGCCUCUUUGCUCUAUUUGCUCGCAAGCUUGGGUCAGCUUGGGAUCUCAUAUUCUAA